AAACCAGGAAGGAGGAGUCCUCAUAGUCCCAGACGAGGGAAGAGAUACUCCAAACAUGUGCCACUGAGCAGAAGGAAGAGUCCUGAAAGCUCCAGGAGCAGGAGAGGAAAGAGAAGCUAUGAGGCAGCCAAUGAGUGAUACCAACAGCUUCCAAACUACGCAAUCCUAAAAUAUUAAAAUAGCGAUUUUCCUGAAACGACUG